CUGAGUGUUUGCGAGCAAAGGGAGAAUCGCAGCCCCUCACUCACAAAGGCCAGAGAGUCAGCGGGCCGCCUCUGAGCCAGACCCGGGACCAACUCCUCCUAAGCCACUGUCCUGCAGCGUGACCCGAAAGGUCUGUGCAGCUCUCAGGAUGGUGGGGACCCAGCGAAUGCUGGCCAUCUGCCUGAUUCUUGCCGCGCUCUGUCUCCAGGGCCUCCUGCUGCAGCAGCCCGGGACGGGGGAGCAGAGGAAGCCCUUCUUUGAACGGCUGAGACGGCUGGAGGAGCAGUUCCGCCGGUUCCAGGAGGUCACCCUCCUGCGCCUCCAGGAGAUUGCAAGGAAUUACAACGUCUCCUACAACAUCGAUGCCACGUUUGCCCACCUGCAGAGCAAGCAGGACGGCCUGGAGGCUACUGCCAACGAGAGCCACGCAGCCACACAGGAUGAGCUCAGCCGCCUGAAGGCCUGGGUGAAGAAACUGCAGAACAAAACCAAGAAGCACGGCUCGAGGAUCGUGGCCCUGGAGGAAUCCUCCAGAGAGAGAGACCGGGAGAGCGCAGCUGUGGCGCAGCGCCAGAGUGCGCUGCUGUCCGACCUAACCCAAGAUGCCGCGAGCCAGAAGGAGGUCAGCCAGGCGGAGCGCGCCAGCCAGGCCAGACUGCAGGCGGCCCUGGAGGGCGUACAGAAUGCCCUGAAAAGCCAGGGGAGCAAGCUGGAGCAGCUGGAGCAGCAGCUGAAGAGGUCUGCCCGGAAUGAGGUCCUCUUGCCCAGCUCUCUGGCUGCAGCCGGCCUCCUCAGCCGGCCAGCCCAGGAGAAGGAGCCGGCAGCGGCCGGCGGGCAGAGCCCAACCCUGAAGAAGCUUCAUGCCAAACGCCGCCAGUGGAAGAAGCUGCAGCAGGAGAGCAGCCGCCUUGUGGCCCAGUCUCAGGGGAGAGGGCGGCAGAGCGGACCCCCGCCGGCUCAGGCGCUUCCCCUGCCAGAGCCAGAACUGGAGCCAUCCUCUCUGCCGGAGCCGCAGGCACUCCAGCAGCCCAGUCCUGGUGCCGACAAGCCCUCUGACGAGCGGGGGCAGCCAGAGGCGCCCCGGCAGCCGGGGACAAUCUGCAACGUGGGCUCCAUGCUGGUUUUCCCAAACGCUACCACCGCGAGCUUUGCCACCUUCGAGCCGGGCCUUCGCACCGGGCUGCUGGAACUGAGCGUCUGCAGCUGGGUGAGCGCCAGCGCCAGCUACCUGGGCACCAUCCUGUCUUACGCCACCGAGGACAACGACAACAAGCUGGUGCUGCAUGGCCGGGACGCCGCACCCCGCAACGCUGUGCACUUUGUCAUCGGCGACCCCGCCUUCCGGGAGCUGCCGGUGGGGCGGAUCCUGGACGGCCGGUGGCACCACCUCUGCGUCAUCUGGUCCUCCCUUCAGGGGCGUUACUGGUUCUACGUCGACCGCCGGCUGGCCUCCAUGGGCUCCAAGUUCCAGAAGGGCUACGAGAUCCCCCCUGGUGGGUCUCUGGUCCUGGGUCAGGAGCAAGACACGCCCGGUGGGGGGUUCGAGCCCUCCGAAUCUUUUGUGGGGCUCCUGGCCGGCUUUGCCAUGUGGGAUCGUGCACUGUCCCCUGGGGAGGUCUCGGGCAUCGCCAUUGGGAAAGGCCUGCCCCGAGGGGCCCUCCUCACUCUGGCGGAUGUCUCUGCUCUCCACGGCUCUGUGCGGAGGGUGAACUGCACCUGCCUCGAAUACUGCCUGUAAUUCUCCCCUGCUGAACGGCCACACCAGGCAGCCUGUAAUCCCAACAGCCUAGGAUACGCCCUGGGGACUUGUCUCCUGGGAAAUAAUAUG